AUGUUUGCCUUCCGUACCGCCUUCAUCUUCGCGCUCAUCACUCUCGCAUCCAUCAUGCGAGUAAGCGCGAUUGUGCUACCUCUAAACCGGUACAUGCUGGACGUCAUCCCCGUGGGCAACCCGGACGGCAUCGCUGAUGCGAGCACCAACGUCAAGCCGUCCCACCCGACCACUCCCGACGCCGACGUGCCCGUUGCAGACUCGUCCUCCCCAUCCACCACGGACGAGAACGAAACAACGACCGACGCGGCGUCCAAGGCUGCCAACCUCGCGUCUACCGAGCCGACCGACGCGGAGACCCCCGACAGCGAGUCUGCGUCUCCCGAUGCUUCUUCGAGCGGGUCCGCCGAUGCCUCCGCGCCCGCGCAGACCAACGGCUCCAGCCGCGUUUCCCUGAGCAGCGCGACGGUCCUCGUCGGCUCCGUCGUCGCUGGCAUCCUGCUUUCCGCUUAG